AUGGCGAUAUCAUCAGCACUUUCUGUAACUACACUAUUCCCACUAUGCCGUUCCUCCAGCACCGUCUCGACGAAAACCGAACUUUCCGUUCUCUGUUUGCCCUCAAAUUGCCUAAAAUUUGAAGCCCUAAAACCCCUUCGCCCGUCAACUUCUAGGAUUUUUGCUGCUCCUGAAACCCUAGUUGCUUCUGACUCUGCUGACCUUGAGGUUGAAACUCCUGGUGCUUCCACGCUUAGUGUUGGUGCUGAUUCUGACAAGAUGGCGCCAAAGCAAAAAAUUAGAAUCAAAUUGAGGUCGUAUUGGGUGCCCCUGAUCGAGGACUCAUGCAAGCAGAUAAUGGAUGCUGCAAGGACAACCAAUGCCAAGACAAUGGGUCCUGUGCCAUUACCAACCAAGAAACGAGUGUACUGUGUUCUUAAAUCUCCACAUGUACACAAAGAUGCCAGGUUCCAUUUUGAAAUUAGAACUCAUCAGCGCCUCAUUGACAUUCUCUACCCGACUGCCCAAACAAUUGAUUCCUUGAUGCAACUUGACCUUCCUGCUGGGGUUGAUGUGGAGGUCAAGCUUUGA